AUGACAUUGAAUGUCAACUUCAUUGUGCAAGUGAGUGUUUGGAUAUGCAUUAUUACGCAGAGUGACUUGACAAGAUCUGCUUAUAAAAGAUGGCAUCGUAUCAGUUUCUCACUCAAAUUUUCUUCAACGAAGAAGGAGAUGGCAGUGGAAAAGCAUGAGAAGCUGCAGAAGGGAAUCGCUGAGUUCUACGACGAGUCGUCUACCAUAUGGGAGAACAUUUGGGGCGACCACAUGCACCAUGGCUUCUACGAUCCGGAUUCUACCGUUUCGGUUUCGGAUCAUCGUGCUGCUCAGAUCCGAAUGAUCGAAGAGUCGCUCCGUUUCGCCUCGCUUUCUGAGGAGCGUACGAAAUGGCCGAAGAGAAUAGUUGAUGUUGGAUGUGGCAUAGGGGGCAGUUCCAGAUACUUGGCCGAGAAAUUUGGGGCAACCAGCGUUGGCAUCACUCUCAGUCCUGUUCAAGCUCAAAGAGCUAAUGCUCUUGCUGCUGCUCAAGGAUUGGCUCACAAGGUUUCUUUUCAGGUCGCUGACGCUCUGCAUCAACCAUUCCCUGAUGGACAGUUUGAUCUGGUGUGGUCCAUGGAGAGUGGAGAGCAUAUGCCUGACAAAACUAAGUUUGUCGGAGAGUUAGCUCGGGUAGCAGCACCAGGUGGCGCCAUAAUAAUAGUAACAUGGUGCCACAGGGAUCUUGGCCCUGACGAACAAUCCCUAAAACCAUGGGAGCAAGAUCUGUUGAAGAAGAUUUGUGAUGCAUUUUAUCUUCCAGCCUGGUGCUCAGCUGCUGAUUACAUCAAAUUGCUUAAAUCACUGUCACUUCAGGAUAUCAAGUCAGCAGAUUGGUCUCCCUUUGUUGCUCCAUUUUGGCCAGCAGUGAUACGUUCUGCGUUAACAUGGAAUGGCCUCACUUCACUUUUGCGCAGUGGAGUGAAAACCAUUAAAGGAGCUUUGGCUAUGCCAUUGAUGAUAAAAGGAUACAAGAAGGGUUUGAUUAAGUUCGUGAUCAUAACAUGUAGAAAGCCUGAAUAAAUAAGUUAAAUAUUAUAUUUAUUGUUUCGACAUUAUUUAUUUUAAUAGUUGAAAAAAAUAAAUAAGAGAAGCUAAUUGAGGGUGAAAGGAGUGAAAUGACAUCAAAAUUCGCAUUCAACUUCCACUGAGGUACCAAUAAUGGUGCAAAUAAAAUAAACACCAAUAAUUGUACUUCA